UCUUCACCCUUCACCCAUUUGCUGCUUAAAGAUGGAGAUUUUACAUGAACUUCUCAUCUACCUCUGCAUCAAUCUCUUUCUACUUCUUCUUGCCCUUUUUGUCAUCGGUAAGCACCUUGUAAUGGUGGGUUCUCGUGAUCUUCCACCAAAAAAGGGAGUUGGGUCCUUUGUUUUUGAAGGAAAAAGUUUCAGUUCAGAGGAACCACUUGUUGAUGAUGACAAGACAACUAAGGUUGAAACCAGUGGAUCACCAUUGAAGAAACACGGGUUUUAUGAAAGGGGUUUGUUGGAAUUGGUUGAGUUGAAAGCAGAGGAGGGAUUAACUAUUGCUGAGACUGAUGAUUCUGUCUAUCAUGUGAUUGAUGAAAGUUCUGUGUUAUGUGAAGAUCAAGUAGUUCGUGAGAUUGAGAUUGAAUCAGGUAUGGAGGAAAUUAAUGUUGAUAAUUUAAUGGAUUUGGAAGGAUGGGAGAGAAAUGAGGAUGAUGAUUGGGAGGGAGUAGAGAGAAGUGAACUGGAGAAGGAUUUUGGUGAUGCAUUGGUAUUUGUUGAAGAAUCAAAAAGUCUUGGAAAUGAUGUGAAGUUGAAGUUAUAUGGUCUUAGUAAGAUUGUUCUUGAAGGUCCUUGUAUUGCUCCACAACCUAUGGCUUUGAAGAUUACUGCCCGUGCAAAGUGGAAUGCAUGGCAACAACUAAUGGACAUGAAUAGGGAGACUGCUAUGGAACUAUAUAUUUCCCUUCUGUCAAAGAGCAUUCCUGAUUGGAAACAAAGAGAUGUCAAUGUAAGUUCUUAGUUUCUAGAUCUCAAAAUGUCUUAUUUUUUUUAUAAGC